AUGAACAAGUUCGUAGAAUCCCAAGAUUGGCAAGAAAAUAGCUUCCCCAACUCAGACAAUAACAAACGUGCCACACGGCCAAGAGAUUUCACAAGCAAAGAAGAAUCAGAACUAUUCAAAUAUCAAAAACUCUCAGAAGAAAAUGAUUCCUUAAGGAAAAUCAUCAGCCAAAAAGAAUCAGAGCUUGAAGAGUGCCAUAAACGGAUUGAUUCAUUAGAAAAAUGAAUGAAAAGCAAAGUUUCUGAAAUGAACCAAAAAAUCGAAGAUCUCAACAAAAAUGAGGGUGAAGAAAUUGCCCCGUUACUAGAACAGUUUAAAGAAGGGCUUAUUGAGAGAGAUGAAGACAUACAAGAAAGGCUUUCUAUGCUUGAAGAAGAGAUUUCUUUAUCAAGAAAAGGAGCCUCUACAGAAAAAGACAAAAAAUCUACUAAAAAUACAGAAAGCGAGGAAAAUAAAAAAUCCUCUGAAGAAACCCCACAAAAUAAAAGAAAAAGAAAGCCACCAGGAGAAAAAGCUAAAAAAUCUAGGGCUAAGCCUAAAGCUAAGAAACCAAAAGCAAAAGAGUUUGACUCAGACGAAGAAGAUUUCCCAAGAUUAUCAGGAAAAUCGUCAAGCGAUGAAGAAAUUGAAAAAAAGCCAAGAGAAAAAUCUCCUGAAAGGGAAAAGCCAAAGAUAAAGAAAACUCCAAUUGCUGAUAUAAAAAUUAAGAAAAAUAAAGAAAAAUUAAGCGAAGAGGAGACGAGUGAUGCUUCAAAGACAAAGAAGCUGCCAGUUAUUGAGGAAAAAAAUAAGAAAAACAAAGAAAAAUUAAGCGAAGAAGAGAUGACGGAUAAUUCGAAAAGAAAAAUGUCAGAUGAAGAAGCUCCGAAGAAAAAGCCAGUCAAAAGGCCGAAUGAGCCUGUUGAAUUUUUAGAAGAAUGCACAGAAGAAGAUUGGAAUAAAGCGGCUUGGAAUCGAAUACUUAAAAAAUAA